AUGGUAAUAUUUCGCGAAUUUGGUAAUAAGACAUUAGAAGCAUCUAACAAACCGCCUCGAUCACAUGAAUAUGUUAUUACUGUUAUUGUAUCUUAUCCAAUAGAAACAAUUCAACGCAUAAUUCAUCGAUUUCAACAGCAUCGUGUUAUUCAAACAAUAUUCAUUGUUUAUUCCGAUGAAAAUACAGCUCAUCAUUUGCCAUCAAUAAUUGAUAAUCUUCAUAUCUUUCAAACUCAAGAAUCAAUGUUUGAACUUUUAGAAAAACGAAUUGAACAAGUUGAGGAACAAAAUUUAAGUGGUGGUUUAUUUACAACUUUCAAUAGUAAAGAAAAAUCUCUGAAAGAUGUUCAAAAGGAUUUUGCAAUAUUUGUUUGGACUCAUGUAUUUAAAGUUCUAUUGAUGAGUAUGCCUCGUGGCUCUCUUCAAGCUAAAUAUGACAUGUUAAGGGAAUGCCGAGCUUAUUAUCGAAAUGAUGUUGUUCAAUUAGCUCAAAUUGAUGAAUUUGAACGUAAAUAUCAAUCGAAAGAUGCCAUUCGUUGGUAUACAAAGCCUGGAUUCUUAUUUUAUAUCGUUAAUAGAGCUUUACCUAGUCAAGAUGUUUGGGUUUUGUAUACAUGUCGUUAUUUUAUUGUUGAUUUAUGUUGUUGUCUGGAAGAAGUUUCCAGUUUGCAAUCUUUUGCAUCGGUCCGUCUUUAUCGUGAAGCAAAACUUAAUCGAGAUGAGCUCGAACAACUGCAAGUUGGCUCCCUUGUAUCAACUAAUGCAUUUUUUUCAUGUUCAUCUGAUCGUAAUGUAGCAGAUAUGUUUAUUGGUAUUGAUCUUAUAUCUGAUAUAUGGUCAACUCACAAUCGAAAUGCAUGGCAACAGUUCGUUUUAUUUAUCAUUGAUGUCAAUUGUAAAACAUCUAUGAAUAUAGUUGUAGCAGAUGUCAGCAAUGAAAGUGAAUUACCAGAUGAAAACGAAAUGAUUUUUAACUUUGGAUCGACUUUCAUUAUUAAUAAAAUUAGUUUUGAUAACAAUAAAGGUAUAUGGUUGAUUCAAAUGAGUUCAUCUUUGGACCAUAUUCGAAUCAAUGAUCAAUACGAGAAAUAUAUUCAUACACGUCUCCAACACACCAAUCCGACUAUAUUGUUCGGUCAUUCUCUAGCUAAUAUUAGCUGUGAUUACGUUCAAUCAAUGAAUUAUUUUCAUCGUUUACUAAGAAUAUUACCCAUUGAUGAUGUUGAAAGACCCAAUAUUUAUUAUAAUUUAGGACGUAUUUAUCGAUUUAUUGAGAAAUUCGAAAAAUCUCUUGAAUGUUUUCGAUGUGCUCAAUUACUCAUUCGUCUUCUGUUACCAGAGAGAAUGUUUGAUUAUUGUCGUAUUCUAAGUAGAACGGGUAUUGUCUACUCAUACUUGGAAGAUUCAGAACGAGCAUUAAAAGUACUUAGACAAGCUUUGGUACUUCAUAAGAAAUCAUUUCCAGUAAAUCAUACAGAAAUUCCAUUUCAUUUGAACCGUCUUGGUUAUGCUUAUUUCAAAGCCAAACAAUAUAAUCAUGUACUUUCGGUUCUCAAUAGUGCUGAGAAUUUUCUCCAGACAAAAAUGCCUGUGAAUCAUCAAGAAUACACAAAGACUUUGCAUUCAAUAGGUUUAGUUUAUCGUUGUCUUAAUGAUGAUAAAAGAGCAUUGAUUUGCUUUCAAGAAGCACUACGCAAACGGCAUUCAUUACUUGGUAAAGAUCAUCCUAAUCUUGCAUCUACUUAUUAUCAGCUGAGUCUCAUACAUAAAGAUCGCGCUGACUAUGAAAUUGCACUUGAUUAUGUUAAAAAAUCUCUAAAUAUUCAAUUAAUCAAAUUGCCACAGUUUCAUUCGGAACUGAAACAAUCACAAGAACUUCUUCGAUGUCUUCAGCAGCAUCAAUAA